AUGAGCACAGAGAAGAGCCCUGAGGAAGAUCACGAAGCAAAAGACAUGGAAAAAUUCUUUGCUUUGAUUAAAAAUUAUCGCGAAGCACGCGACCGCAGAGUCCAAGAACUUGAUGCUAUGAACAAGAAGAGGAAAUGCAGCGGUACUGAUAAAAUUACUGGCUGGAUGCCUUCGUUCGAGUGGGAGGAUUUUAGGCAUGAAAAUGCGGAGAUUUUGCGAAAGUCUAUUCGAAUGGUUCCUCCUCCGGCUGCUGCGACUCGUAAUGCGAGUCCUAAUUGUGCUACUAAUGGUAGUAGUGUUAGUGAUACGCAAGGAGAGAAAGAAGAAGAUGGUCUAGACUUAGACCUAAAGCUUUGCCUUUAG